UACAAUGACAGUACCCUAAAUGCCAUCUUGUGUUCAAGACUUGAAAUUUUACGACAAGAAAGAGGUUAGGUGGCUAGACGAGCCUUUCCGACAUAUUUAUCCUUGAGGACGUUGCUUUCUAAAACGGAGCAAUAUGUCUAUACGACCAGUUUACAGACCGACUAUCGUCAAGAAGAGGACGAAGAAGUUCAUCAGGCAUCAAAGUGAUCGCUAUGAUAAGCUAAAGCGAAACUGGCGUAAGCCUAAGGGUAUUGAUAACAGAGUCAGAAGGCGCUUCAAGGGACAAUAUCUUAUGCCCAACAUUGGUUACGGAAGCAACAAGAAAACCCGUCACAUGCUCCCAACUGGAUUCAGGAAGGUCCUCGUCCACAAUGUUAAGGAAUUGGAAGUUCUUAUGAUGCAGAACAGAAAAUUCUGCGCUGAAAUCGCUCACGGAGUCAGCAGUAAAAAACGCAAGACCAUUGUGGAACGUGCCCAACAACUUUCGAUCCGCAUAACGAAUCCAAACGCUCGUCUACGAUCUGAAGAGAAUGAAUAAAUGGAUUUUUUGCAAAUAUACUUAUAAUGAAAAA